GUAUACGACGGGUGUUUAUGCGUGCGUACGUCUCGCUAAGGAUCUCGGCAGGGUAGUGCCAGUGCCAAGCGGGAAUUUCAGUGCACUCGCCCGCCGUCUUGCGUCCGCACACCCAUCAGUCCUUCCUGUUCAUCGCCGGGGCAGUGUGACAACAAGAGGCGGGAUGGACGAGGUGGACGACCUGGUACUGGAGGAGGAGCAGGAGCUACACAGCGAUGACUUCUCGGUCACCCCAUUCAUGAAUGCCGCGGCCGGAGUCAUGGUCGUCGCGGCCGCCGUUGGGAUCUGCGCGAACCUAUACGUGGUGUGCGCCUCCUCCAUGUCACUCAAGAGCAACGUCGUCAACGUGUACGUGCUGCAGCGGACGCUGGCCCAACUGGUGUUCAUGCUGUUCACGCCGACCCUGGCUGCACACAUCUUUCUGCACGGAUGGACGUUCGGCGACGUCCUGUGCCGGAUGACCGUCGGCUUCUCCCACAUCGCAGAGUACGCGGAGAUGUUCUUCCUGAUCUCCAUGUGCGUCGAUGGCCACAAAGCCUUCGACACCUACAGCAUCGACACGCGUUUGCGGGAUUCCAAGGUCGCUGUAGCCACCAUCUGGGUCCUCGCCAUCAUCUUGGGCGCCCCGCUGUUCGCAGUGUUCGGCACGCUACAGGGCCCGGACGGCAUGGCCUUCUGCACCCUCCUCUACAUCAACUGGGGCACGAUCCUGAUCCUCAACCACGUCAACCUGUUUCUUAUGCUCGUCGCGCUCGUGGUGCCGGGCGCGCUGUUGCCGGGCAUGUUCCCUCCACGGGACGGCCGGCGGAGGGAGCUCAGCGACGAGGCCCUGGCGGCCAGGCGUCUGGUCCUGGCGCUCGUGGUGGCCUUCUGGCUGUUCCGUCUGCCGUACGCCAUCACCUAUCUCUGCAGCAGUCUCACCCACUACUUCAGCCCUAGUCUAAUGAGGGCGUUGCACCUGACGGCGGUGCUGCCCUACGUCAACGCCGCCGUUGACCCCGUCAUCUACAUCGUGCUGCGCCGGAGCCUCGCCUCGCCGCGCGCAGCCGCCCACACCAGGGGCGUCGAGAUCACGUACGUGAACCUCAUGCCCGAACUCUCGGGCGGGACCCCGGCGGGGGGGGGGGGCAUCGCUUGACCGGCGCUUCAACUGGGGAUAAAAGCACAGAGGCGAAAGUACCGGGAUGCUUAUAGGAAAAAUAUAUGGCCAAGAUAUACAGCCACAGCGUGUCAUUAUGCAAAUAUAUAUAUCGAUAGAUAGAUAGAUAGAUAGAUAGAUAGAUACAUAUACAUAUAUAU